GAGGAGGAAAGAGCCCAGGACCCGCUGCAGCCGAGCGCGACCCGGGCGCUGGGAGCCGAGCGGCGGCGCUUAUGGCGGUGGAGAGCAUCGCCCGCUUUUUCCGGAGCAGCCUGCGGCGGAGAUCGGCCCGGAGAGAUGAACCCCAGGAUGUCUCUUCUACAGAAAGCAAAAUUGACGCUGGUAGGAGGCCAGGAGACCGAUCCAGCUUCCCUUACUCCACAGGACAGCUGUUUUUUGAGUAUUUAGUUGUGGUCUCGCUUAAAAAGAAUUCUGGGGGAAAUUAUGAGCCUAAGAUUACUUACCAGUUUCCCAAGCGUGAAAACUUGUUGAGGGGACAACGUGAAGAGGAAGAGAGAUUACUGCAAGCCAUCCCUCUUUUCUGCUUCCCUGAUGGUAAUGAAUGGGCACCCAUCACGGAGUACACCAGUGAAACAUUCUCUUUUGUCCUCACCAACGUGGAUGGGAGUAGAAAGAUUGGCUACUGCAGGCGACUGUUGCCAACUGGACGGGGUCCUCGUCUCCCAGAGGUUUACUGCAUUAUAAGCUGCCUGGGUUGCUUCGGCCUUUUCGCAAAGAUUUUGGACGAGGUGGAGAAAAGGCGGCAGAUCUCUGCAGCAGUGAUCUAUCCCUUCAUGCAGGGUUUGCGUGAAUCCCCCUUUCCAGCGCCUGGGAAAACAGUCACCAUUAAGAGCUUCAUCCCUGACUCAGGGACAGAGCUCCUUGAGCUCACUCGGCCCCUGGAUUCUCGCCUGGAACAUGUGGAAUUUCAGGCACUUUUACAGCGCCUCAGUCCUGAGAAGAUCCUCCAGAUAUUUGCUUCUGCGGCUCUGGAGCGACGGAUAGUUUUCCUGGCAGAAGACCUCAGCUCCCUCUCCAAGUGCAUCCAUGCAGCAGCUGCUCUUCUUUACCCCUUUACAUGGGCCCAUACAUAUAUCCCUGUGGUUCCAGAGAAGCUCCUCAGCACUGUCUGCUGUCCCACACCCUUCAUGGUUGGCAUCCAAAAGCGCUACUUGGAAGAGGUUCUCGAUCAACCCAUGGAAGAGGUGCUCCUUGUUGAUCUGUGUGAAGGCAAGUUCUUGAAACUCGUUGGUGAUGAAGAAGAAAUCUUGCCUAGCAAGCUACAAAAUGAGAUGUUGGCCUCUCUGCCAACACUGAACAACAACAUAAAAACAUGUGAGGAACUCAAUGCACGUGUUUCAGACACAUUUGUGCAGUUCUUUGUCAAGAUCAUUGGUCAUUACCCAGUGCACAUCAAAUGGAACAGAAGCGGUCAAGGCUGCUUCCAGGAACGGCCGUUCUGCAAAGCCCUCACCUCGAAGACCUGCCGCAGGUUUCUGAAAAAAUUUGUCAAGACUCAGAUGUUCUCAUUAUUUAUUCAGGAAGCAGAAAGGAACAGAAAGGGUGUAGAAGGGUAUUUUCAACAGAAAUUAAAUGAAUAUCAAGAACAAAAGAAGCAAAGACGACUCUCCUGAAUACAUGUUCUACAUGAGAGGUACGUUGGCAGCCACCAGAUAGGCAAGCCUGUACCUAGAGCCGACAUCUGUUUAGACCAAGACAACAGCUCCCUCAGAACAGGAGCACCUUGGCUUUGCUGGUUCGAUGGGCUCAUGGUACUAUCUCAACUUCGUCUGUCAAGCAUGAAAGGGGAGAGUGGCUUCACACUUUUAUUCCACCUUCCUCUCUUCUUAUUAUUUUGGCUGUGAUAUUUAGCCCAACUGACAGAACAAAGCUGCAGCUCUUAAACAAAAUGACACUGUAAAAUAAAUGAGCCAAGUGAUCAUCCUGAUCAACACAGGACUCUAGAUAGCUCUAGACAUAAAGUUUUAUGGAGGAACUGUGGGGUAGUAAAUAAUAAAAAAGAAUGUAGAGAAACUGGUGAAACUAAUUACGUUUCUAGGAAACAAUUUUAUUGGCAUUAAAAUGAUUUCCAUUCCAAAGGCUUCAUAUUGAAUGUCUGGGUUCUCCAUUGCUGAGACAUUGAUGGUUCCCUUAUUUCUGUUCUGUAACGAUGCAGUUCUGUAUCUACCCAAAUAAUAAUGGCUCCACUCACUUCAUAAAUAUUUCUCUAGGAAAUUAGUAGUCCAAAGAGAAAUAGAAUGCAAUGGAAUAGAGAAACAGAGGAAAGGGCAGAUCAAGCAAAAUAUCUUACCUCCAUGCAUGCAAGAAAGGAGAGCAUACAGGCUAAUCCUAUUGUAUCCCAAUAGUUGCAGCAUGCUCUACCUGCUAGGGGAAUAAUUCACCUAGUGUACAGAAUGUGGCUUUCACUGCCAUUCUGAAUAAUUCAGUUGUACAAGAUGCACAAAUUCAUAGCAAUCAUAAACUACACACUAGAAUUUGCCCAAGACUAGGUGCAAUAGCAGCUCCAGUCACUGCUUCUAUAGUUAGGAUUAGGGCUGUGCUAUUCGGGUUUUGCUUCGGGUAAAGAUACCCAAAGCAGACCCGAUUCGGAAAGCUUCAGUAUUCCCGAAGCGGGGCCAGCAUGCGGGGCAAGCAGCAGCGGUCCCCUUUAAACAUCAACCCCCCCACCUACCUUGCAGUGGUUCUGGGCCAGCUCCUCUGCCACCGCCCGA